UUAGUUAAAGAAUAUAUUUCAGUAGUUUACUUUUAAUUAAUUUCCGCCAAAGCUCCAAAUAUUAUGUUUUUUUUCGGUGUGGGUACCCCUGAACCGAAACAUUAUUCACUGUAUGCUUAUCUAUGAUUUGGUUGAAAAUUUGACAGGCUUACAUCGGCAUCGAUCGAUUGGUUCGUCCCUCGAAUUGCCAUUUUUAUUUGAGCUUUGCUUGAAUUUAUCAGCCGGUAGACAGAUCUUCACGAUGACGAAAAAAGAUUAUACUGGUUUGGCUGAAGAGGCUUCCAAGGAUUACGACAAGGCCGUCGAUGGAAUCAUUGAUCCUCAUCCAGAAGAUAACGAUAAUGUUGCGAAAUUGCUGCAGGAUAUAGGUAAAGUUUUUGACAUUGGCAGCACUGACAUGGGACCUGAGUUUAUGAAGUUACUAAAACAAUUCAGCAGCAGCAAUUCUUUGAUCAUGGAAUCUGGUAAUGGGGCAACAAAACUGGCUGAACAAGAGAGUGAUAAUGAACUCAAAUGUGAACAUAUUGUAAAGAGUAUGGACUAAAUAACAUUGGAAUUGCCACUGUAAUGCAGAUGUUCAUAUUUGCAAACAUCAUCAAGUAGAUGUUUUCUUUUAUUUUAACCUGUACCAAAAAGAUCUCCAAUGCUUGUGAUAAUUUAUUUGCAAAAUACAUUCAGUG